AGGAUUGAGAGCAAAUAUAGGGUGGGGCAAGCAAGGCAGGCGGAGCGGGCAAGGGCAAGCGAGGGAUGAGAAUGAGGGCCGUGGUGAUCACGUGCGCCGGCGGGCCGGAGGUGCUGGAGGCGCGGGAGGUGGAGGACCAUCCCGCGCUAGGCGAAGGAGAGGUGCUCCUCGAGGUCGCCGCCGCGGGCGUCAAUCGCGCGGACACCGUGCAGCGGAUGGGCCGGUACCCGCCGCCUGCCGGCGCGUCCCCUUACCCGGGGCUCGAGUGCUCCGGCACCAUCCUCGCGCUCGGCCCCAACGUCCCCUCCCGCUGGGCCGUGGGCGAUAAGGUUUGCGCGCUCCUCAGCGGCGGCGGGUACGCGGAUAAGGUGGUGGCGCCGGCGGGGCAGCUGCUGCCGAUACCCGAGGGGGUGUCGCUGACGCACGCAGCCGGCUUGCCCGAGGUGGCCUGCACCGUCUGGUCAACCGUAUUCAUGACCAGUCACCUCUCCCCCGGUGAAUCAUUCCUUAUCCAUGGAGGAUCCAGUGGAAUUGGUACAUUCGCUAUACAGAUUGCUAAGCACCUCGGAAUUAAGGUUUUUGUCACUGCAGGAAGUGAAGAAAAACUAGCAGCCUGCAAAGCUUUGGGUGCCGAUGUAUGCAUUAACUACAGAACUGAAGACUUCGUUGAACGUAUCAAACAGGAAACCAACGGAAAGGGUGUUGAUGUGAUUCUGGAUAACAUUGGAGGAUCAUAUCUCCAGCGCAACCUGAAUAGCUUAGGUGUUGAUGGUAGACUUUUCAUCAUUGGCUUCCAAGGGGGCAUAGCAGCUGAAGUGAACCUGCAAGCUGUGCUUGCACGCCGUUUGACCAUACAAGCUGCUGGACUGCGCAACAGAAGCCUUGCUAAUAAGGCAGAGAUUGUUAGUGAGGUGGAAAAGAACGUGUGGCCUGCUGUCGCUGCUGGCAAAGUGAAGCCGGUGAUUUACAAGACGUUUCCGUUAUGUGAAGCUGCUGAGGCUCAUAGGUUGAUGGAAGCUAGCACCCACAUCGGCAAGAUACUGCUGCUCCCAUGACUGCACCUGUGGCGUUUGCGCUCUUGCUCUCGGAGGAGUCAGUUCAAAAACAUAUGCAAUUCCUGAGACUGUGACAACCUGCACGGAUGUUGUACUGGUGUCGCAUGUCUUUUUUAUAUAUAUCUUGUAGUACUAGAUUGGAUCUUUUACCCCGAGAAAUUAUCUUGUCAAUUGGAUCCUUAAAGUGCUGAUGACAUUUUUCUGUGAGCUAUGAUAUAAUAAAUCUGGCAGAUAGAGCCACUACAGCACGUCA